AAAAGUUGAAGCCUUCAAAGAAACUUUUGAUAUAUCACAUAUAUACGUUCAACGCUCUCGGUACAGCGUCUUAGAGGGCUCCAGGAGCUUCAAAGGACAAAUUUGCAGGAGCGGAGCAACUCAAAAUGUCUUUCGGUGGGCAGGCGCCGACUAUAAUUGUUCUCAAAGAAGGCACAGACCAGUCACAAGGGCGCGGGCAAAUACUGUCCAACAUUAACGCAUGUGUCGCCGUUCAGAGCACUAUAAAGAGCACAUUGGGUCCUUAUGGCGGUGAUUUGCUGCUUGUCGACUCGAAUGGCAAGCAGACCAUUACAAAUGAUGGCGCAACGGUCAUGAAGCUUCUUGACAUUGUCCACCCCGCAGCACGAAUUCUAGUUGACAUUGCACGCUCUCAAGAUGCAGAGGUCGGAGACGGCACCACAUCUGUAGUGGUUUUGGCAGGCGAAGUGUUAAAAGAGAUAAGGGAACAUGUUGAGCAGGGUGUUAGCAGCCAAACGAUCAUCAAAGGCCUGCGGCGAGCCUCGAUUAUGGCGGUAAACAAGAUCAAAGAGAUUGCAGUGAGCAUAAAAGAUGGCAAUCAACGAGACACACUACAGAAACUCGCCGCUACUGCCAUGAGCAGCAAGCUGAUACAUCGAAAUUCGGAGUUCUUUACAAAGAUGGUUGUGGAUGCUGUCCUGUCAUUAGAUCAGGACGAUCUGAACGAAAAGCUUAUUGGCAUCAAAAAGAUUACAGGAGGUGCUCUGCAGGACUCGAUAUUCGUCAACGGUGUCGCAUUCAAGAAGACAUUUUCUUAUGCGGGAUUCGAGCAGCAGCCAAAAUCUUUCAAGAAUCCCAAGAUUGUGUGCUUAAACGUUGAGCUGGAGCUAAAGAGUGAGAAAGAUAAUGCGGAAGUGCGCGUCGAGCAAGUUUCAGAAUAUCAGGCGAUUGUGGACGCUGAGUGGCAGAUAAUCUUCAACAAGAUGGAGGCAUGCUACAAGACCGGUGCGAAGGUGGUGCUCAGCAAGCUGCCCAUCGGCGAUCUGGCAACACAAUAUUUCGCAGACAGAGACAUAUUCUGCGCCGGCCGCGUAGCGUCCGAUGAUAUGGAGCGUGUAUGUCAGGCAACGGGUGCGAGCAUACAAUCGACGUGCUCAGACAUUCGGCCAGAGCACCUCGGCACAUGCGAGCACUUCGAGGAGCGGCAAAUUGGUGGUGAGCGCUACAACUUCUUCGAAGGGUGCCCAGCCGCCAAGACUUGUACACUCGUUCUCAGAGGUGGUGCAGAACAAUUUAUCGCGGAGGUAGAAAGAAGCUUGCAUGACGCGAUCAUGAUUGUCAAACGUGCGAUCAAAAAUCAGAGCAUCGUCGCUGGUGGCGGUGCCGUUGAAAUGGAGAUCAGUGCUUAUCUGCAUAGCUAUGCGGAUGAGAAGGUUCCUCAUAAACAACAGGCUAUUAUCAAGUCAUUUGCGAAGGCUUUGGAAGUCAUUCCUCGACAGCUCUGUGACAAUGCUGGGUUUGAUGCGACAGAUAUUUUGAACAGAUUACGGGUCGCACACAGGCAGGGAAAUAAGUGGGCUGGUGUGGACUUUGUCAACGAAGGUAUUGCAAAUAACCUGGACAAGUUCGUAUGGGAACCGGCGCUGGUCAAGAUCAAUGCUAUACAGGCUGCUGUGGAGGCUGCUUGUUUGAUCCUCAGCGUAGAUGAGACCAUCAAAAACCAAGAAUCUGAGCAACCAAAGGCUCCCAGUAAGCCACUUCCGCCAGGCGCAGCACAGCGCGCACUAGGUAUGGGCAGAGGAAGGGGAAGGGGCAUGCCCCGACGUUAAGUAAGUUGUGACUAUGUCGCCGCAAUGAGUCUGCUGUGACUGCGUCCUAGCAGUUUUUGGAGUUAGAAUGUUAUGAUAAAACUGCUGCAUGCAAAAGAUAGAUCCGUAGCAGCUUGAAUAUAAUUUAGCAGAGUCACAAUCA